AUGGCAAGAUCAGAUAGUACUACUUCAAGUGAAGAAAGUGAUGAUCAAGAAGAAUCUAUAGUAACCAAUAAGAGAUCUUAUGAUUGCACAUUUUGUAAAAGAGGUUUCACUAAUGCAAGAGCAUUAGGAGGCCACAUGAAUAUUCAUAGAAAAGAGAGAAACAAUUAUAAAGCCAAACAAGGCACACCAAAUAACUCCUCACCUUUUGUUCCAGGUGUUUCAAACCAAGCCUCAACAUAUUAUAAUUGCUGCAUUUUGGAGCCUCCUAUGAACUAUGACAUGUAUAUUCAACCAUCAAUAACCAACCCUAGUAAUUCUCCACCUACUUUUCAAUAUGAUUUUCUUAACACAAACUCACAAUCUUUGUUAGGAAACAAUUUGAGUCUCCAAAUUGGUUCAGGUCAUCAUGAGGGUAACGAUCAUGUUUGGAGAGGAAUGGAGAAAGAUGGUGAAGGGGUGGACCUAGAGCUUAGGCUUGGUCAUGAUUCAUACUCAAACUACUAA